GUCGUUUAAGGUUCCCUGCCUAGGGAUCAAGAAAUCAUCCUCCUCCUCAAGCCAUUUCUGAUUUCCCCAAUUCCUCAGACUCUCUCCUCUCUCAACUCUCAACCCUAGGUUAUAGCCUCCGCCACCGCCGUAAGGAGAGACUCAGCGCCGCCGCCGUCCAUUGUGCUCAAGGGCCACCGCUGUAGGGAGUGAGAAACUGCCAUCGUUCGCUGCGUUGUGGUCGUGCUCCAAGUCUCCCCUGUUCACUCUCAGUCUCACCAAUCGCAGCUUCUUCUUCGAGAUCGGUGUCCGUCGUUCUCUUCUUCUACUCAGCCCCACUUCAUAUAGCUUCCCGUGGUGGCUCCGUGGACUGUGGUACAUUGUUUUUCUUCUUCUCAAUCCCCUGUUCGCACUUCGCUCUCUUCUUCCUCGCUCGGUGUCCAUCCUCCAUCGUCUUCGUCCUGCGCACCGUCAUCUUGUCGCCCCUGUUCCCGAUUCUAGGGUUUCCCCUGUUCCUGAUUCGAUUUGGUAACCCGAGGCGCUAGGGUUUCUGCGCCCUGCCAGAUCCGAUUCUUUCUUCCUCCUCCUCUGAGAAUUCAAGAUGUUUUGGCGCUUGGCUGGCUUGUCUACUGCGUCUCCUAAUCUGAUGUUGUUGCUUGUUGCUAUUGCUCUUGCUAUUUUGAGAAUCAGAGUGAUCGGAGCUUUGCCAUGAUGGAAGUAUUAAUCAAGAAGCAGUUGCUGAUAACAAUGUAUCUGUGAGUAAUAAUUCACCUGCCAAGAAGCUCUUUGUAAUUUCAGGCUACAAGUAUGUGAAGGACAUGGAGUGGGUCAAAAACAAGUUUCCAGUGAAAUCGUCAUUAGGGAAAGAAGAUCUCUAAAGGUCUCACCUGUUGCCCUCUUCCCCAAACGCCACAAGAUAGCGCCCCGCUGCCACCAUCAUCACCCCGAUCCCUCUAUGCUGUUGUGGAAACGAGUCCAUUUCCACAAUGCUUCCGGACUGCUCACAAGGUUCCUCCCUCGCCGAUCGCAGCACCACUCUUCCGCUGCCGCAGACGCCGUCGUCGUCACGCGAGAUCUCCCUAAUCGUAACCGCCGACUCCCCCUCCGUUUCUGCGUGUGGGUCGCGCUCAAGUUCGAGAGCCUCGUGGAUCAGCAUUCCCGUAACGAGGUAAGUUGCACUCUCGCCACUAAGGAGUGGUGCUCCCUUUACUGGGACGCGCUCCAGCUUCUGAAGAAAUCUGGGAUUUUCAUAAGUUCUGAAUCUGUUAGAGCCCUCAUAAGGACCUAUUCCUAUAUGGGUCUUGCUGAAGAAGCCAUUCAGUGUUUUGAUAGAAUGUCUGAGUUCGAUUGUGAGCCUGAUGCUCACGCCUAUAACACUAUCUUGAAGGUUGUGCUCAAGAAAGACUUGUUUGUGUUGGCUUUUUCGCUCUAUAAUGUUAUGCUUAGGUCUAAUUCUUUGCCAGAUGACCACACGUACACUCUCUUGAUUGGUGGAUUCUGUAAGAUUGGAAACUUCAAUGCUGCCCUCGAGAUGCUCGAUGAUAUGAGCAAGAGAGGUGUGCUGCCUGAUGUUAAGACGUAUACGGCUAUUAUUUAUGGCCUCUGUCAGUGGAAGAAGGUUGAUGAGGCGUUUAGGUUGUUUAACACUAUGAAAGAAAAUGGGUGCUUGCCUACUUUGCGCUGUUAUAAUGUCUUGAUUGAUGGGUUUUGCAAGAACGGGAGGACAGAUGAAGCGCUUUCUUUGCUGUCUUUGUUGAGGAUAGAUGGUUUUGCUCUUAAUCUGCAGAGUUACUGUUCUCUGAUAAAUAGCUUCAUUCACGCCAAGAGAUAUAGUGAGGCAUAUGUAUGGUACACCAAGAUGUUUAAGAGGGGAAUUGUGCCGGAUGUUACUUUAUAUGCUAUCAUGAUACGUGGUUUGUCCGAAGAGGGUAGGGUUGGUGAAGCUGCAAAGAUGUUAGAUGAGAUGAUUGGGAUGGGUUUAGUACCAGACGCCUAUUGUUACAAUGCAUUAAUCAAAGGUUUUUGUGACAUAGGUCGUUUGGACCAAGCUAGAUCUCUUCAGCUUGAGGUUUCCAAGGACGAACAGUUUCAUAAUGCUUACACCUACACCAUUCUCAUCUGUGGCAUGUGUAGGAAUGGAAUGGUUGGAGAGGCACGGGAGAUAUUUAAUCAGAUGGAAAAACUUGGAUGUCUCCCUUCAGUUGUGACCUUCAGUGCUCUGAUGCAUGGCCUUUGCAAGGCUCGCAGAAUUGAGGAAGCACACCUUUUACUGCACGAGAUGGAGAUUGGGAGAAGCCCAUCUUUGUUUUUCCGGCUUUCUCAGGGUUCUGACAGGGUUUUUGAUAGUGUUAGUCUCCAGAAAAAGGUGGAGCAAAUGUGUGAGGCUGGUGAAGUUUUGAAUGCUUACAAGCUUCUCAAACAACUUGCUGGGAGUGGGGUUGUGCCUAACAUUAUCACAUACAACAUUUUAAUCAAUGGUUUUUGCAAAACUGGUAAUAUCAACGCUGCUAUCAAGCUUUUCAAGGAGCUGCAACUAAAGGGGAUCUCACCUGAUUCUAUUACUUAUGGGACACUUGUUGAUGGACUUUAUAGGGCUAACAGAGAAGAUGACGCCUUUAAGAUCCGUGAACAUAUGUUGAAGCAUGGUUGUCAACCUGGAUUAUCAAAUUCUAAUGCCCAUAUGAGCUGGUUAAACAAAAAGGGGAAGGUCUCGAUGGCCUUCAAUCUUUACUUUGAAUAUCUGAAAAGCCUUCCGAAGUGGGAUAAUGAUUCAAUCAACGUGUUGGAGAACCAUUUUAUCAGAGGAAAUGUAAAAGAAGUAAUUCGAGGCUUACUGGAAAUGGACUUCAAAUGUAGAGAUUUUAAUUUAGCUCCAUACACAAUUCUAAUUACUGGGUUCUGUAUGGCAAAAAAGGUAGAUGAAGCAUUAGCUAUAUUUUCUGUUCUUGGUGAGUUCAAUAUUAAUAUCAAUCCUACAAGUUGUGUACAUUUGAUUGAUAUUCUCUGUGAGGAAGGGAAGCUGGAUGAUGCAGUAAACAUAUUCCUCUACACCCUAGAAAAAAGUUUCAUGUUGAGGCCAAGAAUUUGUAACAAGCUCCUCAAAUGUCUCCUUCUUUCGAUAGAUAAAAAGGACUAUGCUAUUGAUCUUGUUGACAGGAUGCAGUCCCAUGGAUACUGUUUGAAUUCACAUCAAUAUGACAAAGCAAUGUACGUUAUUCGACGGCUAAGGAGAAGGAGGAGCAAUAAAAUGCAGAAUUUUGAAUGAUUGAACAACUCCGACUAUUCAAGAUGGAUAUUAUUCUUUAUUCUUUGUUAUGUGUUAUUUUUCAUUGACAGAUAACUGAUGGAGAAAGACUAACGCUUACUUUAUGGUUCACUCGUGAUGGUUCCCAUGAUGAGGAUGUGAAGCUUGUUUCUCUCCUUUCACAACACCUAUUACAUAAGGACAUGGCUGCAUCGUAUCUUCCUCUGCCUGCAUCCUGUGAUAUGUAUUGUUUUUCGCAGGAUCAAGCUUCCAAUGACCAGUUUGGUUUUAAUAUAUGUUGGGCCAGGCUUCAUAGUCUUGGAUAUGGCAUUUCUAUAUCUGAAGACGGUGCCUGUGACUCAGAUGUAUCUGAAUUACUGGUGAAGCCAGUGCAGUUAGUAAGAGGAGAUGAGUUGUUAGACCAUGAAUUUGUCAAUAUUUUGCAUGCACUUCAGGUCAUCCAUUUCUAUUGUUGGCAAGGAUCUGCCUUAAAGACCAAGGCAUUGAAUGUGCACACGAACGUGCUAAAACUUUCAGAUAAGGACAAGGAGAAAAUCAACUGUCUGAAGUCUGUACUUUUGAAUGAUGAAGAUUUGGUAUUGAAGGUUUUUGGGAGUAUGCCUUUGGAAGAAAAUGGAGGCAUUUACUUUGACUGAACAGGAAUUGUGGCUGCAAUUGCUGCUUGGGAAGAUUAUGUGACGAAGUUAAGUAACUUUAUUGGAGAAUGCAUGAAUCUAUGUAUACGGUGCAACUUGAUGAGUAGUAUAGAUGAUCGACCAAUCCCGGAAAAUGGAGCACCUAAACGUUGUGCUUGGGCCUUGGAAUUAGAAAAAGACGAUGAUGAAAAAAGUGGAAGAUAGUUUGUGAAGCCUUGUUUGAUAGCAUUCCGAGUUAAUAUGCUUUUGCGGAAUUUUAUAACGAAGUUUCUUAGAUGAGGAAUUAUACUCAAAUUUAUCCUAGAAAUUAUCAUAGUAUUAAAAUAUUACAGGUACAAGAUGGCAACUACUAGUACAUAUACUUUCAGCUAGUAAAUCAAACUUGUAAUUAUGGCAUUGUAGUAGUAUUCAAUUGGCCAUGCUCCCACUUUCAGCUAGUAAAUCAAACUUGUAAUUAUGCGAAUUCUGUUUCUAUUAAUUCAGAGGGUGACUCUUUAUUUUGGUAAAA